GGCUUUUAAAAAAGAGCCACUAGUCUCAAUGCUGGACGGGCUAUGACAGCUUCAGUGCUCCUCCAUCCACGCUGGGCCGAGCCGGUGAUGUUUCUUUACGACAACAGCUUGGAUGAGAUUAAUAAAAACAUGGAAGGUUUUGCAGGAAGCAAUUUUGCAGCGAACCAGUGCAGGAAUCUAAUGGGACACCCAGCAUCUCUGGCACCCAGCAGCGCCUACUCUUCCAGUGAGGUGCCAGUGUCUGGCAUUGCUGAACCUGUCAAGCAGUGCAGCCCGUGUUCAGCAGUGCAAAGCUCUUCCAGUGCCAGCUUGCCCUAUGGAUACUUUGGCAGCGGAUAUUACCCCUGUAGAAUGACACACCAUAACACCAUCAAGUCCUGCUCCCAGCCUUCCUCGUUUGCAGACAAGUAUAUGGAGACCUCAGUGUCUGCUGGAGAAGACUUUUCCUCCCGAGCUAAGGAGUUUGCUUUCUAUCCGGGAUAUGCCACAGGACCUUACCAGCCAGUUCCGGGUUAUUUGGAUGUGCCUGUAGUGUCCACCAUUGGAGCUCCAGGAGAACCGAGACAUGAGCCUUUGUUGCCUAUGGAAAGCUAUCAGCCCUGGGCUAUCACAAAUGGCUGGAAUGGGCAAGUAUAUUGCUCUAAGGAUCAAGCCCAACCAACUCACCUUUGGAAAUCUACUCUCUCGGAUGUGGUUUCCCAUCCACCAGAUGCCAACUCCUAUAGACGAGGCAGAAAAAAGCGAGUGCCAUAUACUAAGGUGCAACUUAAAGAACUGGAAAGGGAAUACGCUACAAAUAAAUUCAUUACCAAGGACAAAAGGAGAAGGAUAUCUGCGACCACCAACCUUUCAGAGAGGCAGGUCACUAUCUGGUUCCAGAACAGAAGGGUGAAAGAGAAAAAGGUUAUCAACAAGCUGAAGACCACUAGUUAAUAAACGCAUCGCAUGGAGAUGGGAAGGAUCUUUGCUUCUGGAACUCGGCAAUUCUAGACAAAGUAGACAAAGGUCAUCUCGGGAACUUCUCAAUAUGAUUUUAAGAAAUCGCAUUUUUGGGGUGGGGGAGGAGCAGUGAGAAAUAUUGCAAUGUAAUUACCAGUGAAGGCCAAGACUCACUUGCUGGUAGCCAAGAAGCGCUUAAUCAAGCAUUGGGAUUAUUGGAAAUCCAUAAACGUAUGAUGACAAACAAAAAUCUCGAUGCUACAGAAUAUGAUUUGUGAUUUAAAAAGGGACACACGUAGCGUGUAAUCAAGAUGCAGCUUAAUUCGAGAAUAUAAUUCUAAUAAUUGCGCUUUGAACCUUCAAACCAGACUGCAUGUUGAGUGACUGCUCAGGUAAAUUAUAGAUGUAACAUGUACUGUAUGCUUUCUAUACAUUCUCGCAUAUUAGGGAUGUAUGGAUAUGUUUUUAAGAAUUGUACAGCUAAAAAAAAGUUUGGGGAGGGGGUUAGGGUGGGGACAGGGAAUAUUGGAUAAUUUAGAUAAUUUCCAACGUUAUUCACGUCUAAUGCAAAUUACAGAAAUCCAAUGAAAACCAAAGUUUAAAUCUGGUUAUAUUAUCUAUAAAUGGGCAUUUGUUUUAGAAUUUAUACAAUUUAUGCCUCAGGUAGUAGGAUCUCACACUUUUCAAUUAUUUCUGAAAAUUUGGAUAAUAACCUUUUUUCAGGAACAAAAUUGUUCAUACAUACACGGAAAAGCAUUUCACAAAACCCGACUGUAUUCAAUUAAUAUUACAGUUUUUAAGUAUUGGAAACCGUAAGUGGAAAAUGUUUAAACAUUGAAUGUUUUAAUAUGAAAACUAAUUCUUGUCGCUUUUAUUGUUUGUAAUUGGGCCAUAUUAGAAAAUUGUAAGCAAUCUUUUUUCAGCACUUUUAAUCUAAUCAGCUAUUUGAACAAAGCGCAUUAUUUUUUCAUCUUUAUUCACUCUAAAUGUUAUCCUGUAAAUAAAAAAAAUUAGCGCACUGUGAACGUGUGUGUGCCCACUCGAUUUUUAUUUCCA